UGAGGACUUCACAAUGAAGAACACAGCUGCCUUGCUCCUGCUCGGGGCCUUGGUUACGGCCGUCCUGGCUAGUCCAAUUGACACCGAUCCCUGUGGCCCGGACAGGAUUUUCAAUAAAUGUGGUUCGGCGUGCCCAACGUCAUGCGGCACGCUGGGUGCAAUUAUCACUUGUCCACCGGUGUGCGUUGAAGGUUGCUUCUGCCGCCCUGGAUUGGUGUUGGAUGGUGACUAUAAUUGUAUCGCUAUGUCUGAAUGUUCGGAAAUUUCCGCUUUGUGAUAUGAGCGAUAUGAGCAGAAUAUUGUACAACAGUUCACAACAAAGGCGAUUAUCGGAAGGUAAUAUAAGAUACAUUAAAAAUCUGGUGAAUUAGUGGUAAAAGAAAUUUUCUGAGAGAAUA